AUGGGUGAUUUCUCGACAGCCAUGACCAACCGGUCGCUGCGUAUCAUCCGUAAUGAGCUCGAAUUUCUCGCAGACGCUGCUGUGAUCACGCCACAGCAGCUCUCGUCAAUCCUGACUCAAUUACCCGAAAAUGCAACACAGGCACACGCUCCAACAGCCCCGGUCGUGGCAGCCCCUGUGGCAGCCCCUGUGCAAUCCCCAGUCACAUCGCCUAUCUACGCACCACCUACAACGCAGCUCGAGAAUACCAGCCUGAACGAUAGGGCUCCCAGCCAGCCUCAGUACUCGUCCCCAGUCCCACCUCCGGCUUAUGCUCAAACUCCACCGGUUCUAUCGCUCGCAUCGGCAUUAUAUGCUUACGCCCCGACUGAUGCCGGUGAUCUUGCUUUGCAGCCUCAGGAUAACAUCCAGGUUCUCGAGCACAUGAACAAUGACUGGUGGCGUGGCCGCAACGAACGAACCGGCAUGGAAGGUAUUUUCCCAAGAAGUUACGUCAAGGUUGUCGAUGAGAAGACCGUUCUUGCCCCACAGCCUACAAAUUAUGGAAAUAUGCCUCUAGAAGUCAGCCAAGGCGCCGGAUCACCUUCAACAGACCCUCGUCGACCAAGCAAAUUCGAGGAACACGGAAAGAAGUUUGGAAAGAAGAUGGGCAAUGCUGCCAUCUUCGGUGCCGGUGCCACAAUCGGAUCCAACAUCGUCAACGGCAUCUUCUAA